AAACGCGAAAACAGUCGUCAUGACGCAAUCGUCUUUGUUUUGGUUUCUAUCGCCCAAGUUCCCUUUAUUCAUUGAAGAUAUACUAGUCUUGGUUUCAGUAUUGCUUUAUUUUUUCGCUGGAAGAAAAAUAGAACAGACACUAUCCAAACAGGCAAGCGUUUUGGCUCUUGCGGUGGGUUCGUUCUAUUUACGACCUGUGGUGGAAACCGUGAUAAAUUUCUCGUUUGACUCCUCUCUUACGAAUACUAGUCGUGGAGACUCGUUAAAAGGUCGCUACCACAAAGCUCCUCUUCGCCCUCGUGCAGAUUCAGGACUCGCAGUCGGAAUUUGUAUAUUUCCUCUUUUAUUUGUUCCUGUUAAUGUUAAAGACAGCGGUAUAUUCUCUAUACUUUUUGCAGUUUGUGUAGCUAGUGGUGUACUCGUCUUGGUUAGUAUAGCCGGAGGAAACUAUGAUGGUCUAGACAAAACUCCACAAGUCAUCGUGUUGCGUGAAUGGCUAUUAUCUUUCAUUAUCAGUUUGAUAUCUUGCUUGAUAUUUGUAUCCAGCAUCAACUUGACUAGUUUGGUUUUGAUUGCAAUAACUAACUGCUUAUUUCCUUUAUUUAUGCGUAUUUGUAUAUACUGCCUACAAGGUUCUUUUUCUUUGGCCGAAGCCAUCAUUAUCUCGGAGAGUGGCGUAAGUUUGUUGGUUUAUUGUAUAUGGACCUCAUUACCGCCAUCCAAUGACGACUUUGUCUUUCAUGAAGAAGUUUAUCCAUUACAUAAGAUGAGCUGUGCCGUUGGAAUGGCUAUCGUGCUAUUCUUUUUUGGCUAUUCUUAUCUUUUUGCGUCAUCUGGUUGUCGUGUUGGAAAAAAUCAUUGCAUUGGAGAACAAGGAAAAAAUUCUUAUUCCAUUCUGAAUAGUUGUUGUUUUGUUGGCUUCAUUUUGGUCGAUUUAGUGUUUUGUUAUUUGUGGGUGACUUGUUUUGUUUCCAAUCCUGAAAGGAUUCUCUUCAACUAUAUCGUCAACAGUUGGUCAGCUAUAUGGCUAACCGUUUAUUGGAUCGUUUUGUUAUGUUUGGUUCUAUUCCUUUAUCCUCCUCAUCGCCUUUCAUUGGUGCCUAUUGUUUCAAGGAAAUAUUAUCAUCUCGUUUUAUUCUUUAUUCUACUGCCGAGUUUAUUUGUGGAAGCAGCUUUUAUCCGUCUUUGUUCUAUCAUUGCUUUAUUUCUGUUGAUAACUAUCGAGUUGGGACGUGCAUCACAUGUUUAUGGGAUUCGUUGGUUGGUAAAUGAUUAUAUGUCUGCAUUGAUCGAUCAUCGAGACAAUGGUACAAUAUAUAUGACACAUCUCUAUUUGAAUGUCUGGAAUGGUGACUUUGGGUGUCGUAGAUACUGUGACCGCUUGUUUUGGGACAUUUUUUGGGAAAAGAAAAUGGCCUGGAACUUGUAAAACAAUGGAAGGGACAUUCUCUGGAAUGUUGUUGGGUGUUUUC